AUGCAGGCUGCAGCAACCAUCACAAAAUCCGGGGUAAAACACUUCAGAAAAGCCCCGAGAAACAUUUCUUGGGUGAUUAGGGCUGCAUAUUUUGGGUUCGGGAAGCCACGGUUAAGGAAGAAUGUUUUUCCAUAUCGGCAAGUCACCCCGCGAGGGGGCGUCAGACGCGCGCCCGUCACCCCGGAAACCAGCGGCGGCCCGGAACAAUCCAGGUGCUGCCGGAGAAACACGGCCUUCAUAUUGAGGCUGGGCACACUUGGCGGUCUGGAACAUAGGGUCCGGGCUUACGAUAGGAUACUGAUACAACCACUUUUGCCAACGAUUUCUCCCUGGACAAUGGCGUGCUCGGCACUUGGCACCGCCGCGCGUGGCCACGCCACUGCGCGCUGGCCGCGAAAAGCCAGUCCCGUACUUUUGCCCCGUAUUUCCACGCACUUCCAGGGGGCGUGCGCUUCUCCGAGGAGCCGUAUCUACGUCUGCUGCCGGGCACGCUCGCAGCCUCAGCGGGACUUCACACCAUAUGGAUCCCUCGCUCGCAAGUACGGGCUCGAGCCGCGGCUACGCGCGCUAUUCUAG